AGUAUAAAUGUUUCUAUGUUAAUUGAGAAGCAGAGAGUAUUUUCAGUGGAUAGAUGCUUGUUCACAGUGCAGGAGGUUUUUGUACGGCCACUUAAUGAGUUUGUAUCACUGUGGAGGACUUUUGGUGGAGGAACCAAACUCAUCAUUAACUCUGGCACCAUGGUCAGGCCCUCAGUCUCUCUGCUUCCCCCCUCCUCUGAGCAGCUCUCUGGGGGCUCGGCCACGCUGGCCUGCCUGCUGACCGGCUACUCUCCUCAGGGAGCCGUGGUGAGCUGGCAGGUGGACGGUACGGAGGUGACGGAGGGGGGUCCUGAGCAGCUCAGAGGAGGAGAAGAGCGGCCGGCUACAGCAGCAGCAGCACCCUGAGCCUGAGCCAGGAGCGCUGGAUGGAAGGAGAGCUGUACUCCUGCAGGGUCCUCCAUCAGGGCCACAGCCAGACCCAGUCCCUCCACAGGAGCCAGUGUAAGGGCUAGAGGGGCCGGCUGAAGCCCAGGACAGGAGCUCUGUGUGUGGGGGGAGCAGCUCUGAUCAAUAG